AUGGCGCACCACAGGGCUCCCUUCUUCGUCUGUGCGAUAGCCAUCGUCGCCGCUUUACUACUCUCGGCCGCCUCGCCUGCGAGCGCCCAGUUCUGCGGAGCAGACCUUGGCGACCUCCUCGCAGACUGCAUGAAGUACGUUAGGAUCCCGGGCCCCAAGGUGAACCCCUCCGCAGCGUGCUGCGCCGAAAUCAAGAAGGUCGACUUGCCGUGCCUGUGCGAUAAUCUCCCGCCGGGUAUCGAAAAGAGGAUCAGCUUGGAGAAGGCGGUCUUCGUCGCCAGGAAGUGCGGGAAGACGGUGCGCAAAGGAACCAAGUGCGGAGACUUCACGGUUCCUUCAUUGAUGUGA